GUGUUUGACUAAGCUUGGAUGUUUCGCUACUUGAUUUGGUACCCUAAGUCUUGUAAGGCCUGAAUGACAUUUCUGGUGUUUAGAUGUCUCCAACUCCUCCAUCCAAACGACAAAAAAUACUGACCUCUACAGAAAACAACAAUAACAAUUUUCAUUCAAAUACCAGCAACAACUUGUCAAACGGGAUGGAAGCUAACGGAGAAGUUCCUGAUUUGGACGAAAGUCUUUAUAGUCGGCAGCUUUAUGUCUACGGGGCUGAAGGCAUGCGCCGAAUGGCAACAACAGACAUCCUAGUUAUUGGCCUGGAAGGACUUGGGCUCGAGGUCGCUAAAAAUAUCAUCCUAGCUGGAGUUAAAUCUGUAACGUUGUGUGAUGACACUCCAUUAUGUAUAGCUGACCUCACAUCUCACUACUUUGCGGACCUUAAUGACAUAGGUCAUCCACGUGCUGAAAUUUGUAAGAAUAAGUUAAGCGAGUUGAAUAAUCAUGUGUCUGUCCGCGUGUUAAACAAACAUAAACUUGGUGCUGAAGACUUUAGGAAGUUUAGUGUAGUGGUGCUGAACCAGGGAUCUGAGGACCUGUGUGUGGAGUAUGGAGACAUUUGUCGGAGUUUAGGUGUCAAAUUCGUCGUUGCUUCAACAUGCGGACUUUUUGGCAAAGUGUUUUGUGACUUUGGGACAGAUUUUGUAGUGUAUGACCCAACUGGUGAAGUUCCAUCUUCAGUCAUGAUUCAGCAAAUAGAGAAGAGCAAACAAGGACUUGUAACUUGUUUGGAGGAGACUCGUCAUGGGUUUCAGGACGGUGACUAUGUAACUUUUUCUGAAGUAAAAGGGAUGGUGGAGUUAAACGGUUGUCAACCCCGAAGAGUAACAGUUGUUGGACCUGAUGUAUUUUCCAUUGGUGACACGUCUAAUUUUAGUCCAUACAUAUCUGGUGGGAUGUGUACUCUUGUUAAAAUGCCAUUAAAAAUCAACUUUCUACCUUAUCGGACAGCUUAUUAUUCCCCAGUUUUCAUGACGACAGAUUUCGUUAAAACUGAGCGUCCCGCACAAAUUCAUCUCUUCUUCAAGGCCCUCAGUGAUUAUAAGAAUAGCAACGGAUCUCUUCCUAAACCUUGGUGCAGGACUGAUUCCCGUACUUUUGUAGACUAUGUCCAUAAAGUCAAUAGACAAAUGGAAAACACAAACGCUUCAGUCUCAUCAAUCGAUGAAAAACUAGCUAUGCUCUUUGGAUUCGUUUGUUCAGGUCAAUGUUCCCCCGUCUUGUCUUUUAUAGGGAGUUUCGCUGCCCAAGAAGUUAUGAAGGCUUGCAGCGGUAAGUUCACGCCGCUGCAACAGUGGAUGUAUUUCGAUGCAACUGAGUGCCUCUCGAUAAGUUCAGAUGAAGAUUUCGUAGUCUCAGAGAAUGAUGCAAAGCCAAUUGGAUCUCGGUAUGAUGGUCAGAUUGCCAUAUUCGGACGUGCGUUUCAAGAGAAGCUGAAAGGAUUGAAGUAUUUUAUUGUUGGUUCAGGUGCAAUUGGAUGCGAGCUGCUAAAAAACUUCUCGUUGAUGGGUGUUGGUGCAGGACCGUCUGGAAAAAUUGUUGUGACGGACAUGGAUCUCAUCGAAAGAUCAAACCUGAACAGACAGUUCCUGUUUCGUCCAUGGGAUAUCCAUAAAAUGAAGUCAGUCGUGGCAUCAGCCGCUGCUAAAUUGAUAAAUCCAGAGCUUAAUAUUGAAGCUCAUGAGAAUCGUGUUGGACCGGAGACGGAGAAAAUAUAUGACGACGAAUUCUUCGAGAAAUUGGAUGGAAUUGCUAAUGCGUUAGACAACGUUGAGGCCCGCACUUAUGUUGAUCGUCGUUGUGUUUAUUAUCGCAAACCUCUUUUAGAAUCCGGAACCCUGGGAACUAAGGGUAAUGUACAAGUUGUUAUCCCUUAUUUGACAGAAUCUUACUCAUCUUCACAAGACCCUCCAGAAAAAUCAUUCCCUGCGUGCACUCUGAAAAACUUCCCUUAUCUGAUUGAACAUACCCUCCAGUGGGCACGCGAUCUGUUUGAAGGACUUUUCGUCCACCAGUCACAAGCAAUGAGUUCGUUUUUACAGGAUCCACCUGGCUUUUUAGAACGAACAUUAUCAAAUCAAGGAAAUCAACCUUUGGAAACACUAGAAACUUUGAAAACAAAUUUAUUAGACAAAAGACCAAGUAGUUUCGAAGAUUGUGUCACUUGGGCUAGAUUACUCUGGCAGGAUUUGUUUUCAAACACAAUCGCACAACUUUUGUUCAAUUUCCCUCGUGACCAUGUCACUUCAACUGGUUCUGAUUUUUGGUCAGGAACCAAACGAUGCCCUCAUCCAUUGCAGUUUGAUGUAGAAGAUACAACACAUUUGGAGUUUAUUUCGGCGGCUUCAAACCUUCGCGCUGAAUGCUAUGGUAUCCCUCAAUGUCGAAACCUGUCCAAGAUUUCCGAAAUUGUUCAAAGUGUAGUUGUCCCUCCGUUUGUUCCUCGAUCAGGCGUACGGAUUGAUGUAACCGAGGCAGAGGCUCAAGCAAGGUCAGCUGCACCUAUGACUGAUACAUCUCGACUUGAAAAACUUCAGAAAGCUUUACGUAGCUUCAGCAACACUUCAACAUUGCAUAUCAACGUAAUUGAAUUUGAGAAAGAUGAUGAUACAAAUUUUCAUAUGGACUUCAUCACCACAGCAAGCAAUUUAAGGGCCGAGAAUUAUGAAAUCCCUCCAGCUGAUCGACUAAAAAGUAAAUUAAUUGCUGGUAAAAUUAUCCCUGCAAUCGCAACUACAACUAGUUUGGUGGCUGGGCUGGUAUGCCUAGAACUACUUAAGCUUGUUCAAGGACACAAAAAGCUCGAACUGUUCAAAAAUGCUUACGUCGAUUUAGCGUUGCCCUUUACUUCAUUUUAUGAACCUGUAGCACCUAUCAAGUCAAAAUACUACGAUACAGAAUUUUCUUUAUGGGAUCGGUUCGAACUUUCAGGCCCUAUGACCUUGCAAGGUCUGAUUGAUUACUUCAAAGUAAGCCUGCUUCUUCAUAUCCAAACUAAUUCACUCUCGUUAUUUUAGGAUAGAUUGAAGUUAAAUGUAACAAUGCUAUCGCAAGAUGUUUCUAUGCUCUAUGCAUUCUUCAUGCCAGAAGCAAAGCGUAAGGAACGUCUAGUUAUGUCGUAAGUUCAUUUUAUAGUUUUGUUUCAUAUUUUACGGAUACCAUAGAUAACCGCAUAGUAUUUAGGUGACAGUUGACCAACGAUGUAUAUCUUUUUUGAAUUAAAUAGUUCGGAAGCAUUUUUUGAGCAGAGAUGGAUAGUGAUGGUAGCCGUCAAUGGAAUAGAACUGCUAGCCACCACCCAUCUCCCCCCGAGAAAAUGCUUUUGACUUAGUUGCAAUAUCUAGGCAGAUAUACCCAAAGAGGCUGGUCAACUACAGUCCAAAACGUCAAUGGGAAGAUUCAAAUAACCAAUAUAUGUAGAUUAAAUGGUUCAAAUUUAUGAGAUUAAUUUGCCACUAAAUACAAUAUCAAAUCGAUUAGUUGUAGAUUAGUUGGUGACAAAACAAUUUUUGAUGUGGUGGGUGUUGUUUUCGUUACAUGUGUUUCUCAGAGAGUAUGGAGUACCAUUGUUGUUUAUUGGACACUACUUAGUUGUCGGAAACAAGAAUUUAGAUUGAAAUGUUGGGAAAGAUUUGAGCUCAGAUGGAUGAUCUCAGUAGAGUUUCGUUCUCUAAUAUGGAUGGUUUAGUUUUGGAGCUUUCGUUGUCCUUCUGGAUAACAUCAGUAAAUAAUUCCGAUGGAAGCAAAGUACUCGAAUUUCUUCACAUUUAAUCAACAUCACUAAAAACAUAAAUUUGAAUUUUAUUUUGCAUGCAAUUAUUGCACUGAAAUUUCAACGGCUUGGUAGUUGGCAAAAUGGUUUUAGAAAAUGUAUGUAUUAAAUACUUGUUGUGUGUUGGUUCUCAGCCACAGUUACCAUGUGUAAAUGAAGUGUUAAGUCCGGAUACAUCUGAGCUGGAUUGGUACUUUUUAAUGACAAAGUGUAAUAGUUAAGGAGUAAAAUAUGGUAGUUCAGAUAUACAUACUAUUUUCGUCAUAUUCCUAGAUUAAAAGGAUCGGGUUAUUAGAAAGUUUUGCUUAUUCGUCAGUCAGUCAUAAUCAGCGCAGAACCUGGCAUAUUUGUAUAUCGGUUUAAGUUGCCAUGCACUAUUAGCACAGCAAGACAAAAUCGUUAGAACAAACCAUAGACUAGUAGAAUUAUUGACCGUAAUAAUGGUAGUUUAAAGGAUUAGCUGUCGAAGUUACAAUUCAGUAAAUAAUUAUAGAUUAGUGGGAUAAUUUUAUAGGGUAAUCUAGAAACUUAAGAACUAAGUCAAGACAAGGAGUGAAUGUACUUGCGUCAUUGGAAACGAUUUAGAACACUGUCACUUGAAAGCCAACCAUUGUUUACGAUGAUCAAGCCUACCUCAACCAAGUAGUCUACAUUUACCUAUAUUAGCCAGUCGAACAGUCAAUAUCUUCAUGGACUGAUACCCAAGUCUUGGCUCGAACUCCGCUAGCUUCUAGACUACUACGCCAUCCGUUAUCGCUCAUCGAGGUAGUUGGUGGAUGAGGAUACGGAACACAUGUUCUCACCAUCUCAGUAGAUGUAUAUUCGCUAUAUUAUCUAUCCAUUAACCAUCAUUACCUCGUACUAUGGGUAUAACCCUAGAAUUGCUAUCUCAUAGUCUUCAAAAUAUACGAACGAUUGUUUGAAGACACAUUUAGUUGAAUAUUAGUAACCUAUAAAUAUCCUUUUCUAAGAAUCACAUUUACAGCCAUGAAAUAGAAUGAAGCAAUUUAGUUUUUAGUUCAAUUGUUGUUCCUGUCUACCAAGGACAAUCAUUUCGAACCAGCCAACAUUUCGCAAAUAUAUUCUCUCUGUAUAUUUCCAUAUGUUUCACAUAAUGUAUUUUCUUUUCUUUCUGUUCACUCAAAACCUAUUUGACUAAUACAUAUAAUAUUAUGGAGACUAACCGAUGUACAUGUGUUCCCGAUCCUACGUUGUUGUAGCCGACUAACUGACUGACGGAUACGUAUAAUAUCAUGAAAGCAUUGGUUAGGAGCUCAAGAUUUUUAUAAUACUCAAUCAGGUGUUAUUAUUAGUGUGAUUAACUUAUCUAAAGUUAUAUGUUUCGAAGUACUUUUGUAUAUUAAACAUGAACCAUGUCUAUCAUUUCUUUGAAUGUUUUCAUUUCAAAUCAAUAUAAUUACAUCGUAAACCUUGGAGUAACAUACAAGGAGCCCAUGCCGCUAGUUUAUGGGGUGAUCACUGGAUUCUCUUUCACUUUUACUUUAAUGCUAAGUGAUUAGAAAAUAUCAAAGUCCCAUAGAAUGAUUAUCCAGUUUUCUAUUGCUUUAAUGUGUAUUUUUUUCAGAUUAAAAGAUCUGGUGGAAGUAGUCAACAAACGCAAAAUACCUCCCCAUGUUAAAGUACUGGUAUUUGAUGUCUGUUGCAGUGAUGAGCAUGAUAAAGAUGUUGAUGUGCCAUAUAUCCGCUAUGUACUGGAACCAGCCAAAUAAAGUUCAUUUAUUCAUGUCUUUCUCAAAUAAUACAGGUUUCAAAUUGAUGAUUACUCCUUUACGAAACUAAACUAUUUUUCACCCAUUUUAAUUUAUGGAAUAUUCCAAAGACAAUAUAUGCUUUCCCUAUUAUUUGUGUACUAGCUGUGUAUGAAUUAACACGCAAAUAAAAUGAAUAAUCAAUUAAUUUUUAUGUAUUCUGAGAAUACAGAAAGCUAUGGACAUAAUCUUUUUACUCAAUUUUACCGUAUAUCAAUUUGUAUAAUCUAAGUUGAUAUUUAUGUCGAGCAUCAGUUUUUUCUCUGCAAUUGACUCAUUUUUCGUAUAGAAAGCUUUAAAAUAUAUGUUUACUUCCGAAUGAUUUAACUUGAUGGAUUAUUUUCUUUAUCAGUUUUCUUUAUUCAAUGUUCUAAUUUCGGAGUGUUAGUUAUCAGCAAUAUUUACA